AUGCAGAAACGACUAUGUCUUCCAAUCCUCAAACAAAAACAAGACGUCGCCACCAGGUGGAACUCUACAUACGACAUGCUGCAUCGGUUUAGCUCGACGAAAGAUGCUAUUAUAGCCACUAUAGCCCUCAUCAAACCUGACCUAGCACUGACUGAUUACGAAUGGAUGAUAAUUCAAUCGGUUCACCCUGUAUUGAAAAUGUUUUAUGACGUUACAGUCGAAGUAAGCGGCGAAAAAAAUAUAUCUUUAGCUAAGGUCAUUCCUUUGUGCAGAAUUAUGCUGGGUCACAUUAGGAGCAGGCUGCAAGUGCAAAAUACGGAUGCUAAUCAACAUAUACCAGAAAUAAAAAAUUUCAUCGAGCAUUUACACAAGGAGCUCAAUCAUAGAUUCGGUCACAUCGAAUCUAAUAUAUCAAACGCGGAAUCUACAAUUCUGGAUCCACGUUUUAAGAAUAAGGGUUUCCAGGACUCUAGAUUGUACGGUAGGGCUCUGCAAGACUUAAAACUUAAAAUUGGACGAAGUUCUUCAAGGACAACAAUAAUGCCAGCGGUAGAAGCAGUGCAACCAGAAUCUUGCCCUAACCACUCAAUUUGGUUUGAGUUUGACCAAGAAGUGGUUAGGCAAACACCGGACAACCCAACGGCGGCGCGGAUCGUAGAACUCGAUAAAUACCUACAGGAACCGCUUUUAAAGCGUACAGAAGACCCCUUACAAUGGUGGCACGCUCGAAGGAACAUAUAUCCUCUAUUAUUUAAUUAUGUUUUGAAAAGACACAAUCUCGUAGCUACGUCAGUUCCUUGCGAGAGAAUAUUUUCGAAAGCGGGAUAUACGCUGAAUGAACGUAGAAGACGAUUGACGACAAAAAAAGUGUCGCAACUCCUAUUCAUAAGUUGCAACUCUGAUAUUUGA